UAAGUUCAAAUAAGUUUUCUGAUCUGGCACCACGAAUUUUAUUCAGGUUUACUAAAUUAUGAUACGCGCAAGGUUGCAAAAUUUUUAUUGAAAAUAUAUAUUUUGUAACUUAAUUAUUUUUGUGCAAAAAUUAAAAAAUCGAUGUACAAAAUUGCAUGCAAAAUUAUUUAUAUUUUAUUUUGAUUUUUCAAUGAUUAUUGCUGAUUAUGGGCAAGCAUAUGGAUAUGUUUCUAGAUAUAUGCUUAAAGCGUAGUAGUAUAUUGCUAACUUUUGGUAGUAUACUUCAUGGCUAUAGGGCAAUACUGGCAAAUGAAAGGGAUUGUCGAAAGAAACUUGAAAAGGAACGGAGAACCAAAUAAUUAUUCAUUCUGAACACAAAUACGCAGAUUAAAGUAUAAGAAAGUUUUAUUUUGAACAGUAAACAAAACAAUAACAACGCCGCGUGCUCACAUACCCCUUGCCGCGCCGAUCUGUCAAACGUGUUUAUUUGUAUUUACUACACGCGACAUAAACAAUUGAGAAGUAAAGAAUUUUAAAUAAAUAUAUAAAAUAUGGUACCAAUUGGACCCGUUCAUCAUCCCGGUGUACAUCAACCGCAACCAAUACCGACUGCACCAACUGGACCAAAUACUUUGCAAUCUGCCGCUGCAACUUCGUCCAACAAUCCAUCAAAUAAAACAUCUUUGUCAGUGAAACCAAACUACACAUUAAAAUUUACUCUUGCCGGUCACACGAAAGCAGUUUCAGCUGUGAAAUUUAGUCCCAAUGGAGAGUGGUUGGCUAGCUCAUCUGCUGAUAAACUUAUUAAAAUAUGGGGGGCUUAUGAUGGAAAAUUUGAGAAAACUAUUGCCGGUCAUAAGCUAGGCAUAAGCGAUGUGGCUUGGUCGUCUGAUUCUCGUUUGCUUGUAAGUGGAAGCGAUGACAAGACACUUAAAAUCUGGGAGCUUAGUUCUGGAAAAUGUUUAAAAACAUUAAAAGGACACAGUAACUACGUUUUUUGUUGCAAUUUCAAUCCCCAAAGCAACUUAAUCGUAUCUGGUAGUUUUGAUGAAAGCGUGCGUAUUUGGGAUGUACGCACUGGCAAAUGUUUAAAAACACUGCCCGCACAUUCAGAUCCAGUAUCUGCUGUCCAUUUUAAUCGUGAUGGAUCUCUAAUUGUUAGCUCGAGUUAUGACGGGCUGUGCCGUAUUUGGGACACAGCAAGUGGCCAGUGUUUAAAGACGCUUAUUGAUGAUGAUAAUCCUCCAGUAAGUUUUGUGAAAUUUUCGCCAAAUGGCAAGUAUAUUUUAGCCGCUACGCUUGACAACACAUUGAAAUUGUGGGACUAUUCAAAAGGUAAAUGUCUUAAAACGUAUACCGGGCAUAAAAAUGAAAAAUACUGCAUAUUUGCAAACUUCUCAGUUACUGGUGGCAAAUGGAUAGUGUCAGGGAGUGAAGAUAAUAUGGUUUACAUUUGGAAUUUGCAAAGUAAAGAAGUCGUACAGAAGUUGAACGGUCACACUGAUACUGUUCUUUGCACCGCUUGUCAUCCAACUGAAAAUAUUAUUGCAUCUGCAGCUUUGGAGAAUGACAAAACCAUUAAACUAUGGAAGAGUGACACAUAAUUUCGCUUAAUUAUCAUUAUUUUAAGUUUAUUAAAAUUAUAUUUUAUAUUACUUUCACUUAAUAGGGGGAGUACUAAUUAGUUUAAGCUUAAGCAAAAAAGAAGAUAAGAAUCAGAAAUGGUUCUUAAAAAAUU